GCGGGGGCGAGGCAGAUGGGGCUCAAGGCGCGCAGGGCGGCGGGGGCGGCAGGCGGCGGCGGCGGCGGGGGCGACGGAGGCGGCGGGGCCGCUAACCCGGCCGGAGGGGACGCGGCGGCGGCCGGCGACGAGGAGCGGAAAGUGGGGCUGGCGCCCGGGGAGGUGGAGCAAGUCACCUUGGCGCUUGGGGCCGGAGCUGACAAAGACGGGACCCUGCUGCUGGAGGGCGGUGGCCGCGACGAGGGGCUGCGGAGGACCCCGCAGGGCAUCGGGCUCCUGGCCAAGACCCCUCUGAGCCGCCCUGUGAAGAGGAACAACGCCAAGUACCGGCGCAUCCAAACUUUGAUCUACGAUGCCCUGGAGAGACCGCGGGGCUGGGCGCUCCUCUACCACGCGCUUGUGUUCCUGAUCGUCCUGGGGUGCCUGAUCCUGGCUGUCCUGACCACAUUCAAGGAGUACGAGACUGUUUCGGGAGACUGGCUUCUGCUACUGGAAACAUUCGCGAUUUUCAUCUUCGGAGCCGAGUUUGCUUUGAGGAUCUGGGCUGCAGGAUGCUGCUGCCGAUACAAAGGCUGGCGGGGGCGGCUGAAGUUUGCCAGGAAGCCCCUGUGCAUGUUGGACAUCUUCGUGCUGAUUGCCUCUGUGCCCGUGGUCGCCGUGGGCAACCAGGGCAAUGUCCUGGCCACGUCCCUGCGGAGCCUGCGCUUCCUGCAGAUCCUGCGCAUGCUGCGGAUGGACCGGAGGGGCGGCACCUGGAAGCUCCUGGGCUCGGCCAUCUGUGCCCACAGCAAAGAGCUCAUCACCGCCUGGUACAUCGGCUUCCUGACACUCAUCCUUUCUUCAUUUCUUGUCUACCUGGUCGAGAAAGAUGUGCCGGAGGUGGAUGCACAAGGAGGAGAGAUGAAGGAGGAGUUUGAGACCUAUGCAGAUGCCCUUUGGUGGGGCCUGAUCACACUGGCCACCAUUGGCUACGGAGACAAGACACCCAAGACCUGGGAAGGCCGCCUGAUUGCAGCCACCUUCUCCUUAAUUGGCGUCUCCUUUUUUGCCCUUCCAGCGGGCAUCCUGGGCUCUGGGCUGGCCCUCAAGGUGCAGGAGCAGCACCGGCAGAAGCACUUUGAGAAAAGGAGGAAGCCAGCGGCUGAGCUCAUUCAGGCUGCCUGGAGGUACUAUGCUACCAACCCCAACAGGAUUGACCUCGUGGCAACGUGGAGGUUCUACGAGUCUGUCGUCUCUUUUCCAUUCUUCAGGAAAGAACAUAUGGAGUCCGCAGCCAGCCAAAAGCUGGGUCUCUUGGAUCGGGUUCGCCUUUCUAAUCCUCGUGGUAGCAAUACUAAAGGAAAGCUAUUUACCCCUCUGAAUGUAGAUGCCAUAGAAGAAAGUCCUUCUAAAGAACCAAAGCCUGUUGGCUUAAACAAUAAAGAGCGUUUCCGCACCGCCUUCCGCAUGAAAGCCUACGCUUUCUGGCAGAGUUCCGAAGAUGCCGGGACGGGCGAUCCCGCGGCAGAAGACAGGGACUACGGGAGUGACUUCCUUGUCGAAGACAUGAUCCCCACCCUGAAGGUUGUCAUCCGAGCUGUGAGAAUUUUACAAUUCCGUCUCUAUAAAAAAAAAUUCAAGGAGACCUUGAGGCCUUACGACGUGAAGGAUGUGAUUGAGCAGUAUUCCGCAGGGCACCUCGACAUGCUUUCCAGAAUAAAGUACCUUCAAACGAGAAUAGAUAUGAUUUUCACCCCUGGACCGCCAUCCACUCCAAAACAUAAGAAGUCUCAGAAAGGGACAGCGUUCACCUACCCGUCCCAGCAGUCUCCCAGGAACGAACCGUAUGUGGCCAGAGCGUCCACGUCAGAAACUGAAGACCAAAGCAUGAUGGGAAAGUUUGUGAGAGUCGAGAGACAGGUUCAUGACAUGGGGAAGAAACUGGAUUUCCUUGUGGACAUGCACAUGCAACACAUGGAGCGGUUGCAGGUGCAUGCCACGGACUACGACCCAACCAAGGGAACCCCCUCACCAGCCGAGGUGGAGAAGAAAGGGGACCACAGGGAUUCUGACUUGAAAACCAUCAUUUGCAACUAUUCCGAGACAGGCACUCCCGAUCCCCCCUACAGCUUCCACCAGGUGCCCAUCGACAGAGUCAGCCCCUAUGGGUUCCUCGCCCACGACCCCGCGAACCUGCCCCGAGGGGGGCCCAGUUCUGGGAAGGUUCAAGCAACCCUCUGCUCCUCGACAACACCGUCUAUGGAAAGGCCCACCGUCCUGCCCAUCUUGACUCUUCUCGACUCCCGGGGGAGCCGCCCGUCUCCAGCUGACCCCUGCUCGGACCGGGUCUCCCCGCGGCAGAGACGCAGCAUCACACGGGACAGUGACACACCCCUGUCCCUGAUGUCGGUCAACCACGAGGAGCUGGAACGGUCUCCAAGUGGCUUCAGCAUCUCCCAAGACAGAGAUGACGUGUUCGGCCCCAGCGGGGGCUCGAGCUGGAUGAGGGAGAAGCGGUACCUCGCUGAGGGUGAGACAGACACCGACACAGACCCCUUCACUCCCAGCGGCUCCAUGCCGCUGUCGUCCACGGGGGACGGGAUUUCUGAUUCCAUAUGGACCCCUUCCAACAAGCCCAUGUAA